UUCGCGUGUCCCCAGCACCGCGGGUUUUGGUUUUGCACGAGCACGGGAAAAAGUCGUGCCCCAAAAAGGACGAAGUUGUGUCCGCGUGAGGCAGUGGACAGCGAAGGGGCAGGGGUUUUGUGGUCCGCGUGUCACCCAGGCACGGUGUCCUUCGAGUGUGACAGGACUAGCGAGUGAAUUCGGUGUCGAACCGCGCUCGAGUCCUCGCAUUUUCCCAGCAGAACGCCAGCUGCAAGGCAUGUGGACGUCUGCGUGCGCUGGCGUGUGAGUGUGCGAACCGUGUGGGUGUAUGUGUGCGCGUGUGUGUGUGUCGCUGGUGUGGUGGCAUCUCUGCAUGGGAAGGUGUUGGGUGUCGUCGGUGGCAUCCUUGGGCCGUGAGCCGCGUGACGGACAGUAGCGAAAGUGAACGAAAAUAAAAGGAUGCAGCAGUGAAAAAGGACACGCUAGAGCGCUUCAACUUCCGUGUGCUGCAGUGUUGUUUUGGGGCAAAAGGCGUAGGGUUGCCGUUUGUGUGAAAGCUCGGUAGUAGGCGACAGGCGAGGAAAACAAAAGAAGAAAAAGAGUGGAAAAGCAAGAGGAAAAACCGCCUCCAUUUCGGCCGUUCCUGUUACGGUGGCAGUGGCAUCAAUCAAGCGGACUCCCGUGCAGCAUCAGCGGGAUAUCAAGCGGGGGCAGCGGGUUGGCGAGAGAGGGAGCACCUCCGAAGGACAUCGAAGAUGAACACCGUCCAGAGCACAGGACAUGCGACCGUUCGGAACAAGAAGGACUCGCAGUUCGAGGAAUUAACUGUCUCUUCCUCGGAAAAAAGAAAUUGGAGAGGCAUUUUUAUUGCGCUUUUAGUGAUCGCCGCCGUAUUGGGGCUAAUUGUGUUUUCCAUUCUACUUCUGUCACCAGAGAUCGAAAGCUCGAAGCUGCACGGGCGCCGAAUAUCGCUGUACGAUAUCAAAUCCGGCCGAUACGAGUGGAACAGGCAGAAUGGGUCCUGGAUCAACCGACAUGAGUACGUGUUCAUCAACUCGGAGGGUGGCCUGACGGCGCUGCAGAUCACCCGUGACGGUGGCUUCCGGUUUGACGUUCUCAUGAAUAAUGCCACUUUCAGGCAGCUCAAUGUGGACAACUACGAUGUGUCACCGGACAGGAACUUCGUCCUUCUGUACGCCUCAAACGGCAACAACCAGCAGCGAUACAAUCGCAGCUACUACGUGUACGAUUUGGCGACGUCGAACGUGUUCUCGCUGUCGGUUAAAGAAGGUGAUCAGCAGGCACCCCUACUGCAGCACGUCCUGUGGGCUCCAGCAGCCUCAAAUGGGUCGUCUGGUACGUUUGGGGGUGAUAAACCUACCCACCAAUCAUCCCCGUCGUCGUCCUCGUCGUCUGGGUCGUCUUCAUCCUCGCAGGGCAUCGCUUACGUCCACCAGGGUGAUGUCUACUACAAACCACGCGUGCAGUAUGAUCUGAUCUGCCGCAUCACUACCAGUGGGCGAGACGGACCGGUGUUGAACGGAGUGCCUGACUGGCUGUACUCGAACGUGGCUGAGUUGAAGGGACCGUCGUUGUUGUUCUCCCCUGAUGGCCAGUACCUGUCGUUCCUUUCGUUCAACCUAUCGAGUGUGCAAAAGUACCAGUACCUAUGGUACGGUGAAGGUCAGCAGUACCCGCAAAUUCGCAGCCUACGCUAUCCGAAGGUACACUCGGACAAUCCGGCUGUGACGGUACACGUCGUGCAUCUGGGUGUGUUGAAGUACAUCUUCCCGAAGCCGAUCACCUUGCCGACGCAUAUCCGUGCCACUGACGGUUAUGUUGGAGGGAUGGCCUGGUUGUCUUCAACUGAGCUGUCAGUGACUUACGCCAGUCGCAAUCAGAGUCUGGCUCACGUACUUCUCUGCAGGGCACCGACGUUCACCUGCGUUGAGAUAUUCCAAGAGAAAGCCGUCGCCAACUCGUGGGUGUUGAUCGGUGAAACGCCUCUAUUCAUUCGCCUGCCGGUGUCUGAAGCAGGUGUUGUCGCCGACGCUCCCCAACCCCCCACCCCAGCUACCGUGCAGCCAACAAUGGCCGCAUCACCUCCACCACCAUCAUCACCACCACCACCAGCUAUGCCUCGACACCUGUACAUGUUGAAGCGGUUAAACGUGCGUGACGGCUCGCACGGAUACUACCGCCACCUGGUAUUGGUGUUGCUAGGGACAAAACGCACUGUUACACUGACAAUGGGCCAGUACGAGGUGACGGAGAUCGUGGGGUAUGACGAACGACGCGGACUCGUCUACUUCAUAGCCGCACCUUACCACAAACCAGGCCAGCGUCAUCUUUACAAAAUCCCUCUAGGGCUCGAUCAGCUUGCAUCCGUAGCUGGUGGUGCUGGUGCUACUGCCGAUCCAACACCUGCAGGUGGUGGUGGUCACAACGCGAGCGAUGUACUACUGCUGCGAGGACCAUUCGGUUCGGCUGUACCGUACUGCGUGACGUGCGGUAGAAGUGGACCAUCAGACGGGAGUGAUGGUGGAGAUGGUGACAGCGAUACGUCAGGUCGACGACCCAACAACUGCUUGUACAACCGGGUCGCGUUUAACGACGACUACACGUACUUCGUGCAGGAAUGCCUCGGACCGGAAUCACCCUCAACGUACCUGGUGGAGGCCGGUUCUGAGCGGAAGGUUCGCAUCCUGAACGAUGGCAGUGAGCUGCGAGAUCAGUUAGCUCAGCUCGCCAAACCCCAGAUCAUGACGUUUAGCGUGCAGAUCAAGUACGACUUUAACGCGCAGGUGAAGCUGUUCCUGCCACCUGGCGUAAAGGAAGAUGACGACCUCCAGCUGCCGCUUAUACUGCAUAUUGAGGCCGGUCCAGAGCGACAGCUCGUAUCGGAGGAGUACAGUGUUGACUGGAAUUGGUACCUCUGCAGUCAUCAAUCGUACAUCAUCGCACAGAUCGAUGCCAGGGGGUCUGGUUUUCAGGGUGAAUCGCUUAAAACGCAGAUCCGAGGACGUGUUGGCAUCGAGGUUGAGGAUCAGCUAGCUGUUCUCAUGUAUUUGCGUGAUAACCUCAAACUGGUAGAUCCGAAUCGUAUCUGCGUGUAUGGCAAGGGUUAUGGUGGCUACAUCGCAAUGCAAAUGUUGGCAACCGACUCAAACCAGGUACUGAAGUGUGUUGCUGCCAUCUCACCGAUCGUUUCAUUCCGCUAUUACGACUCGUUCUUCACUGAACGGUACGUACUGCAGCAGGACGACGUCGAGCGGUCCUUGAUCGAAUCGGACCUCUCGACAAAGGUGGCCAGUCUGGCGUCGAAGAACUUCCUGCUCAUCCACAGCACAGCUGACUGUGUUGUGCAUGAACAGCAUGCUGCCCUGCUCACACGGUCCCUCGUUAACCGGGGCAUCAUUUUUCGGCAUCAGAUGUACGUCGACGAGGACCAUGAGUACCGGAGCGUGUCCGAGCAUCUUUACCACACGAUCGAGACGUACAUCGAGGAGAACUUCGGCAACGAUAAUCAGGACUGGACGUCGGCGUUCUUCCUGUCCAAAACGUAGUUCUUCCAGGCGGCCGGAAACCGAACCGCGGGCGAACCGUACGCGGACGUUUGAAUAAUGAUAGAGUAAUGAUAAUUAAAUUUGUGAGAUGAAAAUGAAACUCGGAGAAGGAGUGACGAGGCGGAAAAACACGAACAACAAAUUACACGCAGUAAUGGAGAGAAAGAGAUAGAGAGAAAACAAAACGCAUCAAAACAUUUGCAGGAAGACGAGUGGAGAGAUAAAUGAUACUUAUAAACAAACAAGGUGUACGAAAAACUAAAUGGAAACAAAUUUAAAGAAAUCAUAGACGCACACGCGUGUGUGCGUGGACGCACACAUCCGCACACCCACAUGAAAACUUGAUCCCUUAAGCGAGGCAAACAAAAAAAAAAACAAUUCAAUCAACAACCGAAGCCCUCAAUGAACGUUUUCUUUCCACACCCCUAAACGAGUCCUGCCAGAUCCUGGUGGCUGCGUGUGUGUGUGUGUGUGGGUGGUGGUGCGUUCCCUCGCACGCGCUCGUGUCUGUAUGUCUGUGUGUUUGUGCGAUAGAUUUUAACACUUCCAACUAGGCAAGAUCGGGAGAAGAUUCGAGAUUGUCGCUAGAAAAGCAGAGUAAAAACUUUCCCUAAGAAAAUGAAACAAAAAUACCAUGUUGAAAUCCCAUAUAUUUUUUUCCAACUUUCGUUACUUGACACGCCAUCCCGGUCCUCCCCCCGAAUUUGGAGGGGCGAGGCGUUGGAGAACGAAACUAAUAAAUGAAGUA